AAGACAAAAAACACCUCUCAACGGCGUCGUUUCGACCGGUCGUCGCCCGUUUACUCUCGCAGUAUAUAGGAAACCCACCAACACCGUAGCGACUUUCUCCCCUCCGGUGGCUCAAAGCUCCAGCUUUCCUCAUCUUUCUUUGGGGUUCCUUCAGGCGUUUCUUCUGUGGAUCUGCCAGUUUGAAAGAUGAAUCAAUUCAUUUUUCAGCAGAACACCUUUUAUUCAUGUGAAGAGACAAGGGGGUAUGCCUCUAUCUCUGAUCUGAAGAACCCUGUUGUGUGUCCCAAGCCCAGGCGGCUUGCAAUUCUUGCUAACAAUCACAUUAAACACCCCUUGAAAUGGCACCAAGCUGAGGCUUGUGAUUCAAAAGCUGGGGCAGACCUUCUAGACAUCAUUUUAAACAAGGGGUCGGAACAAUCUAGCAUCAAUGUGGCGUCAUCACCUCCGUUUUAUUGCGGGUCUCCGCCGAGCAGGGCUUCCAAUCCAUUAAUCCAGGAUGCGCGGUUUAGAGAUGAGAAACUCAGUAGUCCUAUGCCAGUAUUGGCUGCAGCAGCAUAUUCCCCAUUGAGUCUCUCAUCGCCAUCAUCGGCGGGGUCACACAAAGGGGGAGGAGGAGGGUGUGCGAGAAUGACGUUCGGUCUUAAACCGGCUGCGGUUAGAGUAGAAGGAUUUGAUUGCCUGAGUAGGGACCGGCAGAAUUCAAGGAUCCCUGCAGUUGCUUGAAAAC